AUGCUGAGCGUGGAGAUGUACCCAAGUUUGACUCUGGGACCACAACGGAUCGGAGACUGCUUUUACAGAGACCGGGAGGCUCCUGCCCACAUGCCGCUGUUCCCUCCCGCCUGUGACGUUGCAGCCAAAGCCCUGCCCCCGAGGCUGCUGGCCCCUCCCCCUGCCCCCAACGAGCCUGCGACCAAAACCCAAAAAGAUGAGGUGAAGGUGGAGCUGGAGAACGCGUCCUUAUGGAAACAGUUCAGCUCGGUGGGCACAGAAAUGAUCAUCACAAAGAAGGGCAGACGGAUGUUUCCCGGGUUGAGGUUGAAGCUGUCGGGCCUGAAUCCAUCUCUACGUUACAUCCUCCUCCUGGACAUCAUCCCAGGCGACAACUCCCGCUAUCGUUUCCAAGGUGGCGGCUGGCAGGCUGUUGGUGGGGCUGAGGCAAGGCUACCGGACCGGGUGUUCAUCCACCCUGAAUCCCCCGCCACGGGUGCUCACUGGCAGAGCCGCACCAUCUCGUUUCACUAUGCCAAGCUCACCAACAACACACUGGACUCACACGGACAUAUCAUCCUACACUCGCUGCAUCGCUAUCAGCCCAGAGUUCACGUAAUUGAAGCCAGAGACGUGCUGAGGUGGGGCGGAGGACAGCACUCGUUUGUUUUCCCUGAGACCCAGUUUAUCACAGUAACCGCCUACCAGAACAACAAGAUCACGGAGCUGAAGAUCAACUCCAACCCAUUCGCUAAAGGCUUCCGAGAGGAUGGCAUGAACAGCAAAAAACAAAGAGAUGCAAGACAGAAGCGCAAAAUGUCUGUCUUGACAGAAACCUUGGAUAUUGUGAACUGUGACCCAUGCGACUCUACUGAGCUUUUGCCGCAGCCCACCACCACCACCACCAGCACCGGCACAGACCUGCAGGCCCUCGCUCUGGCCUCUCUGCCACCUCUGGCUGAUCCCUCCUGUGGGUUCAGACCAGAAGAGCCCUCCUAUCAGGACACGCUGGUCCCAGAGCAGCCUCUAGACCUCGGUCAGGCAUUCAUGGCAUCCCAGAUGUCUGACAUCAGCAUCUCCAUGGCCAGUGGGAUGCAGGACACACCGGGAAGUGAGGUGGCAAAUAGUAUAAUUGAAAGAUCAGACACUAUGGGUGAUCCAGCUUAUACCUCCAGCUUCCCUGCUGCUCAGGCCAGUUCCUCCUCUUUCCCCUCAGCUCCUCUUCCUCAGUCAUCCUCCUCCUUCUCCUCCCUCCCUGUCCCUGACCCCUCAGAUACAUCUGAUCCGCAGCCCUCCAUCCCUCCUAUUGACUAUCCCUCCAUUCUCUCCUCUUCACCCACACUCUCUUCCUCCACCUCCACUACUCCCUCUCUGCAGCAGACCUCCUUCACCUUCCCCACUCCACCUCCUUCCAACUCCUCCUCACCACAGCCACUCCUUUCCUCCUCCUCCCCCUCCGCCAACGCCUAUAACACCAUCCCAGAGACGAUCGGCCCCCACACGCCUACAGUCGCCUCCUUUCCUGCCCCAUCUUCCACAUGUCAGUCAGGUCUGCAGGACCAAAUAUCCGCUCAUUCUCUGGUCACCCAGCCCAGUCAGGCGUUGCAGGGUGAACCUAUUACCAGCGGAAAUAAUUCACCCAGCGAUCAAAGCUCAGCAGGAUUUAUCUAUCCGAAUAUCCUGCCUACAAAUCCUGAUCCUGCUCCAGUUUCUGCUCAGCCACUCUUCAUCCAAAACCAACCACCAGCUCCCACACUGCCAUGCUCCCUACCCACUCAUGGGGCCCCCCCAUCUUUUGCCUUCCCCUCUGUCCCUCCACACAUGCAAAAUCUCUCGUUUCCGAAUGUGUCUCCAGGCCCUGCCCACCCUGCCUUGCACCACCCAAAUCUGAGCCACCAAGCCCCAGCUCCCUCCCUCGCUGCUGCCUUCCCUCCCUCCUCCUUCACUCAUACAUCAACCUCCCUUCCUCACCCUCCUUUCCAACCCUCCUCUGGCUUGGCUGUCUCGUCUUCUUUCCAGCAGUCCGUCUCCUCUGCCCCACCGCUCCCGCCAACAGCCCAUCCUCAAAACUUGCCGAAUCCUUCUGCGUCCUCCUCCACCUCCUCAUACCCUGUAGUUGAAAUAGGUGGCAUCCCUCAGUUCAACCCCCCUGCCCCCUAUCGCCCAGAGAUGGUAUUGCACCACCCAUCUCUUCUCCCUCAGCUGGAUCCAUCUCUUCCCUCCUCCACCCCUCCCCCAGCCCUCUACCCAGCCUUUCCCUCCUACCCUCUCCGGCUGUGUCAGGACCCUCAUUCAUCCCUCUCAAUCCCUUUCAUGCAUCUGUACAGACAACACCAGCAUGGCCAAGCCCACGCCCAGGGGUCGUACCUGGAUAUGAGCACAAGACCUGUGUUUUAA